AUGGCCGGAGUCCCCCCGCUGUCCACGUCGUCGCGUGUUCUCGCGAGCAGCCUGGUUGGCGCCAACCUCGUCAUCGUACUUGGUAUGAUGCAGGUUGCCAAGAAGGUUCCCUUCGAAGAUCCCAAUGUGCUCAACAUCGUGCGAGGCAUCUACCUAUUCAGCAACUUCCUGAUCGCGGUUCUCUACUAUACCAUCUACCUCAAGAUCAACAAGAAGAAGGAUUUGACUACCCUCAAGUAUGUCGAGCCCGCGCCUAUGGGAUCCUCCGAGGAGCCCAAGCUUGUGACCACGACCAUCUACGCCUACGAUAACCAGCAGCUCCGCAACGCUUUCCGCGCGCAACUCAUGGGCAUUGUCCAUCAUCCCCUCAAGGGCGCUCUCGAGGGCAACCUUACCAAGAUCCAUAUCUUCGGCCAGCCCGCCUCGGGCGAUCUCAAGCGCCCCUUCAAGCAGGCCGCCGGUCUUAUGGCUGGUCUCCAGAAUGGAGCUGCUCAGAGCGACAAGAAGGCCGUCGAAGCCGCCGAGAAGGCCGGCCGUGGAGGCGCCAAGGAAGAGUAA